AUGGCUUCGCACUCGAUCGCAGUCGGUCUCGCCAUCCUUGCCGGCUUGGGUUUUCUAUAUACCCUCUCAGUGGCCUUGUUCUCGCCACUACGCAAAGUGCCAGGCCCCGUGUCGGCCCGCUUUACUAACCUGUUCUACCUCAACCGUGUUCGCCAUGGCCGCUUCCACCAUGAGAACAAGGCCUUGCACCGCAAAUACGGGCCCGUCCUGCGCCUAGGUGAAGACCUCGUGAGCAUUGAUGAUCCAAGCGCUCUAAAGACCAUCUAUGGAAUCGGCUCUAAGUUUCCCAAGAGCGAUUGGUAUACUGCUUGGAGAGCCCCUGGGCCAGAGAACUUUACCCUCUUCUCCGACCAGAACAUAGCCCGCCACGCCGAUACCCGCAAACGCUUCCAAAACCUCUACAGCAUGACCUCUUUGGUGUCUUACGAGACCUUCGUGGAUGAGUGUGCGCACGUCUUUUCCCAGAGGCUGCAAGAGAUGGCAGACACCGGCGAAUCCAUCAACAUGGGCCAUUGGUUCCAGUGCUAUGCCUUUGACGUGAUUGCUUGUAUUACCUAUGGCAGCCGCUUUGGCUUCCUCGACCGUGGCGACGACAUCCGCGGCAUGAUGGGUGAUCUCCAUGCUGUGCUGCGGUACUCCACCCUGGUCGGCAUCGUGUCAUGGCUACAUAGCUGGAUCUUCUAUCCAGCUAGCAAGCUGCAGCUGUUCGGUGCCAAGGCCCGCGUGACCACGAUGGAUUUUGUCAAGCGUCGAAUGGCCAUCAGAGACGGGGAGAGGCACUUGAAGGAGCCCGGUGACAAGACAAAGGUUCAGGCGGAAGGGGUGACUAGGGAUUUCUUGGAUCGGCUUCUCGACCAGCACGACGAGAACCCCGAGAAGACGACCAUGUACCAUGUCUUCCUCGUGGGCCUGGCAAACAUCAAUGCGGGCUCCGACACGACUGCAACAAGUCUGUCCGGGAUACUCUACUACCUGUUGAAGAACCCGCGAGUGCUGGCCAAGCUGAAGGCAGAAAUCGGGGAUUUCACUGCCAGGGGGGAGCUGUCGGCACACCCGACAUUCAAGGAGACGCAGCGGAUGCCCUACCUUGAUGCGGUGGUUAAGGAAGCCCUGCGACUACAUUCAGCCGUGGGGCUUCCUCUUUGGCGUGUCGUCCCAGAAGGCGGAGUUGAAAUUGCUGGGAAAUAUCUGCCCGCGGGCACCAACGUCGGCAUUAAUGCCUGGGUCGCUCAUUUCAACGAAGAAGUCUGGGGCAAUGACGCCAAGCAAUUCCGGCCAGAGCGCUGGCUCGAGGCUCAAGCCGACGCCCAAGCCGGAGACAAGUACCGAUCGCAGCGAAUGGAGGCGUACUAUCUUCCUUUUGGAUUCGGCUCGAGAUCUUGUGUUGGUAAACACAUCAGCAUUCUGGAGAUAUCGAAGCUGAUGCCCAGGCUCCUGAGAGAGUUCGACUUUGAGCUGGAGAAGCCCGACCAAGAUUGGGAGUGCGAGGACUUUUGGUUUGUCAUACCGAAGGGCUUGUCUGUGCGUGUCAAGAGGGCAGCUGUCAUCUUGUGA